AUGCUUCCCAAAAUAGUAAAUGGAAGGAAUCUCCCCUUCUUCAGGGGUAGAAUCCACGUUCUAAAUGUUCUCUCGCUACCCAUUCUCGCAGUCUCCGUGGUUAAAAAUCACGAUGAAAAACAAAUUAUAGUCGCAUAUUUUAUAUUUUUCGCUUGCUGUUUAUUUAAUGUUUUCGCCAGUUCAAUCCUACACCUCAAAAAGUGGGAUACGUCAAGAGAUUCCUUGUUCAAAAGACUAGACUAUGCAGGGAUUUUUCUAGUGAUAGGAAGCUCUGCGUUCCCAGCAUUUCUGUACUAUAUGAAAAAUGAUUCGACAAUGUUAUUUAUAUCAUUAAUUCACUGGCUUGUCAUAUUUGGCGGUGUUUUCGGAUCAUUGAUAUUUAAUUUUAUCAACACAACAAAAUCGUUUCGAUCUAUUAUAUACCCGUUCUUCGGGGCUCCAUACGUUUAUCUGGAAUAUAAAUUUAUAGCAAACGGUCAAUAUUAUUCAGCAGUAAUGGGAUUCUUGACCGCGUUUUUUUACAUAACAGGAUCGGUUUUCUACGCUAAAGAUAGUCCGAACUUGGUUCCUGGAAUUUUCGAAUCUCAUGAGCUGUUUCAUGUUUUCUGCUGGCUGGCAUUUUUGGCAUCGUUCUUUCUCAAUUUUCAAUUAACGAAGCUGAGUCCAUGA